UUUAUUUACUAUCGCUUGUGGCUUUAGGAACACAUGGUCUGAUCUGUAUAAUUCCUAGUGAUAUUGACUCAUGUCGGUUUAUGGAAUUCAUUUAUUUUAAAUGACAUGGCAAUCUAUUUAGAACAUUCAAGAGUGCUCUUCCUACAGUUUUAUUGUAAAUUUGUGAACUUGCCAGAUUGAAGUUAAAAACUGAAGUGUUUACACCAACUAUACAGUCAUAUCUUUGUUGCGGAUUUUAUGGUGUUGUGGUUGUAUAUUAUUGUCGAAAGAUGAGAUAAUUUCAUUUAAAAGCGCAGUUAUUUAUUUGCAAAUAUAAUUUAAUUUCUAAAAAGAAUUUAAACAGGGUAAAUAGUUAUAAAAGGUGCUAAAAUAUUCUGCUGAGACACUCAAAACAGACUAAUUUGAAGGUGUGCUAUGUUCAUAUUUAGACACUGUGUAUUAUUUCACGAUCCGGAAGAACAAUAAGUAACAUAUUGGAUUGGUGCUGACUGAUUCGUCCAGAUUUAAUUUGUAAAAUCGUUAACUCUUGAUAUUAUGUAAGUUGUUUUGUUUGAAGCUUCCUACGGAUUCUCUUGAAUUUUCUGCAAAAAUACGGGAGUGUUUACAAAAUUGUAUAUGGAUAUGAAAAGGAACACGUUUGUAUGCAUAAUUAUAUUCCAGGCAGUUCAAUAGAGAGACCUAUUGUUUUAAAUAGGAAAUAAAAAACUUUCAUCGGGGAUCAAUUAAUUGCCACAGUAAUUGGCAAAAAAACAAUACAGUUGAUAAAAAAAACAGGACAAACUGUUGCGAAACAGAAAGUCCUUAUACUGGAACAAAGAACAGUUUGUGCUUUACGUCAUACACAAGGUUUCAUACACUGCAGAAACUUGGUUGAUAGGGAAGCUAUGUGACUGAAAUAACUGAGAGAAAAAAGGGAUUAUUUCAACUUUAGUGUUUUGAGCUUGCCUGUAUGAAGAUGACGACUGGGAUGCUAUUUGUGUUCAAUUUUUGGAAGGGCCGAAGAAAAGACAAAGAUUCUCCGACCCCGCCCCUACAAGACGAGUACCGGCAAUAUCUUGAGGACCAGUGUGUACGAGACCGGAUAACAAACACAGAUUUUUAUCGACUAGUAUCUCUACCUGAAUGUUUAGAUUAUAAUGAAUGGCUAGCAACACAUGCUGUAUCGUUUUUUAACCAUGUAAACCUUAUGUAUGGUGUUAUAUCAGAAUACUGUACUGGUGAAACUUGUGCCACCAUGACAGGCCCAGGGAAUGUGCAAUUUUGUUGGACAGAUGAGAAGGGGAAGAAGAGUAAGGAGUCGGCAGCCCAGUAUAUUGAUUACGUCACCACAUAUAUACAAAAGACAAUCUCAGACGAGUCAAUAUUCCCAACUAAAUUUGGCCAUCCGUUUCCAACUACUUUUGAAGCGACUGUGAAACGCAUCCACAAGUAUUUGUUGCACAUAAUAGCUCAUAUAUAUCACGUCCAUUAUAAGGAAUUACUCAUGCUUGGUCUCAACGGACACAUGAAUAGUCUUUUUACACACUUCAUGGUGUUCAAUAUAAAAUUUGACUUGUUAGAAGAAAAAGAUUACGAUAUGUUAAAUGAACUUCUGAAAGCUUUAAUAAAACAGUUACCUGAUCCAAACCAAAAUGACGGGUCGGAAGUGGCGCCACAAAUUUCUCGGACUUAGCACGACCCACACAGUGAUGUGCCAUAGUUGUUACAUGGUAUUUAGAUGUGAUGAGAAAAAACAACUCUAAUCUAGUUACGCAAAUAUCUGUCUUUGUACCUGUGCAAAAAAAGUGACGUUUUGGAUGGAUUUUCGAGUGGAACUUGUUCCUAUUUUACGUGUUUAGAUUCUGUGAAAUUGUAGACUUUUAAACAAGAAACACGCACACACACUCACAUAUAGCAAUAUUUAGUAUUAUAAGGUAUUGUGUGAUGUUCACUAUGUUAGUAUUUCGGUAGAAUGUUUUCAUCUUAACUCCUUCUUUCAUCAGAAUGUUUACAUCUUAAUUUUUACUGUCAUCUGUAAAAUACAAGUCCAAAAUAAAAAGUCUUGUCAAUUUCUGUGACUAGCUAUAUACUGUAAAGUCGGAAUUUUUCAUGAGAUGUAUUUUUUGCUGUAUCCACAAACUUUCAUUAUUUGGGAAAAUCCAUUGUUUAUAUGACUGAAAAAUUGUUGAAAAAGACGUUAAACCCAAAAACACACACUCUUAUUUCGGAAAAUAGAUACUUGAAAAAGUAUUUCUUAUUGGUAAAAAGAGUCCAGUAUGUUUAUAAUUUGGCCAAAUAUUCUGCCUCAUGGACCAGCGCCAAGUUUUGAAACAGCAAAAUUUUAGCCUCGCAAAAAUAUCUGAUUUUACAGAAACCUCAUGGUUUAAUUAAAGUUGGAUAAUUUUUGAAUUGAAAUGCCUUUUAUGACAUUGUUUUACAUAAAAUUAUACUGUAAUUUACUGUAGUAGAAAUCUUGCCACUGUAGUUAAUCCAGUACUGUAAAAUCAUUUACUUUUGAGGACAUGAAAUUUUGUGGUUUUGGCCAGUCAGACUUUUUCAUGGGAAUAUGUAUUCGUGGGUUUUUAAUUUUGAAGAUAAAAUCCAUAGGAAUUAUAUUUGUUUGUUGGAAAUUAAUUUUGUGGAUCAACUUAACUAUGAAAUUCAUGAAAAUUAGUUCCCCACGAAUUUUUAUGGUUCACAGUAUUUUGUAUUUUAAAUAAUUUUCAAAGAAAUCUGAUUAUUUCAAGAAGAUUAGCAUGAAAACUGAAUGUAUAUUAUAAAAUAUUGAUGAAAACGUUCGUUGUUAGAGGUACAUGGAAACCGACAUUAUUUUACUUUGGCAUCUGUUACAGUGAAGAUUCAGUACUACCAUAAAAAACUUACACACAUCCUUUUGUGGAUAUCACAAAGUGCUGCUAGAAUGUGCUUUCACAGCAUCAAGUACUAGAUACUGUUUUAAUAUUGUUUUCUUUGCUUUUUAGCAGCUGAGUACAUUUUUAAGAUUUCAAGUCAAUUAUAAAUAAAAUCUUUAAAAAAAAUGAUUAAAAUUUUCCAAGAAGAAAGUACAUUUGAUAUUUUUUUAUUUUCAGAGGGUGGAGUGAAUUUAUUAGAAAAACAAAACACCACUCUUAAUUACAUGUUUCUGUGAAUUAUUGAAAUAUUAGAGUGAAAUAUAAUUGGUAAUCUCACAGGGAAAAAUAUUUUUUCUCUGACUGAGAAAUCUAUUAAAAUCCUAAGAAAUACUUGUAACAAAAAAAAAUCUGUUCGUUUUACAUAUAAGAUCAAUUAUCGCUCACUCCUAAACACCAGAUCUGACAUUUUCACUGGUGGUUACGUCAUUUGUGAAAAUAUUGUAUCUGAUGUUCACCUUGUGAAAAAGAUUUAGUUCUUGCAUUGAAACAAAGAAAUACUCCCUACGUAUUUGUUGCCUGUUGAAUAAAAAAAAACAGUUUUAAAAAAGCCAUAGAUUAUAAGCAUUGUGUUCAUUACUUCAGCUCUGUUUUCUUGUAUUUUCUCCAGUAAUGUUUUCUGAAUUUAGCUAUAAAUUUAACAUGACACAAAUGUGAAGAAAAAAUCCAUAUUUUUUACAUUAUGUUGCGAUAGUUUGUUACCAGAGAAAUGUAUUCUUGUCAUGUUUUACUGGUGUAAUAUGACUAUAUAACAGCAAUCAAUGAUCAAAAUUUCAAAUUUUUAUGCCCCCAAAGGGAGGCAUAUUAGUUUUCAACUGUCCGUCCGUUCGUUAGUUCGUUCGUUCGUCACAACGUUAACUUUUUGCAUGAAGGCACUUUACUCGCGAACCACUGCACUCAGGACUUUCAAACUUCACAUGCUGAUAGUAGGUACUUAUUGAGUACACGACCCCUAUUGACUUUGAACAAGUUAAAUGGAUAUUUGAUUAUUUGGUAAAUAAUAUUCUUUCAUGAAAGAACAGUUUACUUAAAUUGGUUGAUGAGACUAAAUGUAAAUAUUUUUUUGCAUUUUUACGAUGUUUUUUUUUUUUCACAAACGUUUGCAAUAUAGCUUAGUAAGUCGGCCAAAACUGACUUAGUGGGGUUGUCUAAUGAUAUCAGUCAAAUUAAUCUAAAAAGUUUUGUCUGAAAAAACUGAUAAUGAAAUUGGACCCUUCUCUGGUAUUGUUCAUUUUUAAAUUUUAAAAAUUGUCUUGUCAUUAUUUUUUACGUGAAGCAAUUGAAGUGCAGUUUACAUUUUUGACCAUGAUUGAUGAAAUUUAACUGGCUGUUUCUACAUGUUCUCUGAAAUUUAACUGAGUUUUGACAUUGGUUGUUGUUAUAUAGUUACAACCCAUUGCAAUCCAGUGAACGGUUUGUGAUGUUUAUUGUUAAUAAGAUUAUAUAUAUAUAGUCAAUAUAUUUAUUUUUUUGUUACCUAUCGUAGUUGUUGAGUUUUGGAGGGCAUAUACUAUAUAGUGGGAUGUAUGUUGCAAUGAUUUUUAUUGUUUUCUUUUUCUUUUCCGGAAUUAUAUCAUUUGAUAUUCAAAUAUUCCUACAUGUACAUUUUUUAAAAGUGUAAAUCUAAUGUUAAAGGUCAUACUUACAAAGAAAAAUAAUCUUGUAAACAUGAACACUUUCAGAGCAAAAAAAAUUGAAAUCCCAUUUAAAAAUGAGCCGUGCCAUGAGAAAACCAACAUAGUGGCUUUGCGACCAGCAUGGAUCCAGACCAGCCUGCGCAUCUGUGCAGUCUGGUCAGGAUCCAUGCUGUUCGCUAAUGGUUUCUCUAAUUGCAAUAGGAUUUGAAAGCGAACAGCAUGGAUCCUGACCAGACUGCUGGAUGCCAUAACUUUGAAGCAUAGCCAUACUGAUGAAAUUUUUCCAAGAUGUCUUUGUAGCUGCCAAUUGCACCAACAAAGUUUCAUUACAGUCUGUGUAGAUAUAACCAUGAAAGAGUAAAAAAAAAUCUAGCAUUUUAAUCCUUAUCAUGCUGGACACGAUUGAUUCUGCCUUUGCGGCCAGUGUAGAUCACAAUCAGCUUGCACAUCUGUGCAGUCUGAUCAUGAUCUGCACUGUUUACCAUUCAGUAAGUACCUUUUCGGUAAGCACCCCUUUUAACAGUUAAUGGUACUGUCCAAAUUGAAAGAUGGACAAGGCCAUUGUAGAAAUUUAGCAGGGUAAGGGUUAAAGUAUUAAGUCUAAAUCACCUAAAACAUUGAUGAAUAUGGGCCCAGAUUGACUGAACUUAGGGUUUGCAAGGGCCGAAAAAUACUUUUAACAUUAUUAUGUUGAGCUUUUUUCUUAGCUCAGCUUGAAAACCUGUCAUUUAGGCAAAUCGUUAGAAAGAAUAUUAUGUUUUAUUACAUUUUUGCACUGUUUUCUGCGCGUAGGCAUGUUUUGAAAGUUUAGCUGGAUAUAAUUUAUGUUCUUGAAUUUAUUCACAUUAAUGUAAUUUGGGUUUAGAUAAAGUCAAGACUAACAAACUAAUGUUACUGGUUUUCAUGCUAAACAUUUAAGGCUGUUCUGCAUGUCCGAUAAAUGAAAGUAGUGGCGUAAUGUCAUUUAUCAAGGUAACAUGGAAUAAAUCACGAAAUAAUUCUAUGCUUUUUAGAUUCACUUGAAUUGCGACUCUCUUGAAAUUCGUGAUAAAAUAUCUUGAAAAUAAGCACAUUUUAUUUGGACUAUUUAACAAAAUAAUAUGUUGAUUUACAGUUAUGAAAUCUACAUUGUAGAAAAAGUUCUAGCUGAGAAAAUUGUAUCAAAAUUGUUGUAUUUCAAUAGACUUCCAUUAUACGCGAGUUCCGAAUUCUUUGACUUUGUCUAUCAAAAAAAAUAUCAAAAAAAAAUAAAGCACAUGAUCAUAUCUUUGCUGUCUACUGAAUUUUCUAAGUUUAAUCAGUUCCACAUUUUAGAAAAAAUAAUCCCAAACAUGCAGAACUACCUUAACUAAAAUUAGAUCCAUGUAUGAUGAUAUGGACUAGAUUUUCAUAGUUUUUUUUUUAACAACUAGUGAGACAUAUUUUGCAAGCAUCAAGUUCAAUAUACAAAAUACACAUGAAAAGGCCAUGUUCAUGCCCGUUUAUGUAGUAUGUAAAUGAUUUCGUAACAUAACUUUAGCGUAAUACAUGACGUGUAAAGAUGGUUUCAGUCGGGUUACUUAAGGUAGUGAACCAGAAACGGCAAACGGUAAUUCCAAUGCAAUUAACCUUUAGUAUGCUGGGAACAAGUGGUUUUACCUUUGAAUGAUGAACCAGUCCAUUUUAGAAAUUUAGCAGGGUAAAGCUUAAUAUUCUUGUACGGUGUUUUAUAUCCUUCAUAUGAUAAUUUAGCACAUACGAGCACCUUGAUUUCCAUUCGUACCAGAAAAUGCUCAAAUCACAUAUGGAGAGAAUGUUAUCAAACAGAAAUUUCAGGGUUUUUUUUUCCUUUCAGGUCCACUACCUUAAUAGUCUGCUUUCUGUUUCAACACAAAAUUUUCAAUGAUCAAAUUACUGAUUAUUUAUCUAUAAUCAUUGCUCAUUUGUAUCAGGUGAUAAUAUGUAGAUGUAGGUCAGCUCUCAGACAAUGAUAGUUGGUAACAUUAUUUAAUUUUUCUGCAAGGAAAUUUGAAAAAAGAAGCAUGUAAUUUCAUUAGAUGUAUAGGAGAUGUAACAAAUAUUGAUGACUCAGGGGUUGAAGUUGAUUAGGAGUCCACAGGUCCUAGGAGUUGUCAAUUUUUAUCCCUCGAUAUUAUAAAGCACUACUGACAGGUUAAAAAAAUAUGUGCAAUAUAGAUACUUACGUGUGCUUAUGCUGCAAUGGAAAACCAAGUGUCAAGGUUAUAAAUCUUUACUGAAAUACCAAUGUCAAGGUCAUACAACUUUACCAAAGGUUCAAUUUCAAAGUCUUAAAUAUCAUAACUGAAGAGUCAAGGUCAGCAUUGUACAAAUUUGAUCAGGAUCUGACAACUUUACAGAAUUGUCAAGGUCAACAUUAUACACAUUGCUGAAGUGUCAAGGUCAUAAAAUUUACAGAUUUUACAAUAUCAGAGUCCAUUAAGAUUUAUUUAAGUAUCAAAUAUUCUGAUUGGUUGUAAACAAACAACCAAUAAGAUAUUAUAUAUGAAGCUUGACUUUAGAUUUGAUGUGUUUAAGACUUGGCAUGGCGUUUUAGUAAAGAUGUAACCUUGAUACCAACCUAUACAACUGAUAUUUUCUCCAUCGUUUUUGUGACCAUCAUCUUACCACACCAUUUUGUUGUAAUCUUCAUCAUCAUAGUUUUGUUUACAGAAAUAAUACAAUUAUUUGAUGUGAGGAAGUCAUCCAGCUGGCUAACUGAAGAUUGGUAAUUUUUACCCAGGUGCCCACUUGUGCCUGGAGUAAUGCCAAGAGGGGAGUAUCUUAGUGUCUUCCUGCAGUUACAGUAUGACCUAUAGUUGUAUUGAUGGGAUGUCAACCCCAACAAAAAAAAAAAAAAUUCUGUAAAGAUUUUUUAUUUACAGAAUUAUGUCCAACUUUAGAAAAGGGAAAGCUUUCAGUAUUUUGCAAAUGAACAUUUUUUGAGAAAGUCUUUAAGUAGGAAAAUUAGAGGGUUAAUGCCCUUGGAGAUUAAAUAGAUGCACUGUAAGGGGUAUAAAGAUUUCCUUUUCCCCCCCACAUAGAGACACAAAUAUAUUAUUUAUUGUACAUGUAUUCUCAAGCCUACAGCAAAGUCAUCCUAAUAUGACACAAAUAGUAUUCAUGCCAAAUAUGUUUUAUAACUGUAGAUAGUGAAAUAUUGGUGACAGUUUUAUUUUCACUAAUAUUCACUAUAAAUAAUGCUUUUCAUGAUUAAUCUGUAUCAUUUCUUAACACACAAUGGUGUUUUGCAAAUUUUUAACAAUGAUUGAGCCUGCAUGAAAAUCGGGCAACCUUCAGUAUAUUAUGUCUUACAAAGUGUUAUUUUUGAUUGUUUUCCUGUAACCGAUUUUGCUGAAAGGACAUACAUUUUUUGCAGGUCAUACAAAUAUGUUUUAGAUCAGAAGUACCUUUUAUAGGGGAAUAUCAAGUCCCAUUCAGUCUAAAUAGUAAAAAAAAAAAGCACAUAAGCUGCACAAAGAAUCUCUGUAAUUUACAAAUAUAUCUGACUUAGUGGUAAUAUAUGAGAAUGUACUGUCUGCCAGAGUCUGCAAAAUUUUUCGAUGUUAACAUUGCUAUAACUUAACCAAAAAUUUCAUUUUUGUUACCAGCAAAGGUUCUUCAAGCUGGUAUUUUAGCAUAUUGUUAAGUUACUUUCAAUGACAGACCAUUUGUUGCUGAAAUGAAUUCAGUAUCAGUUUAGUUUAGAUCUUGAGAUUUUAACUCCAUGUUUGAAAGAUAUUUUGCUAUUAAUCCAAAGAAAUGAGUCUUAAGUUAGUGGAUCUGUAAUGGCAGUCCAAAUUUCUGUGUGAUUAUGUAAUUUUGUAUGGUGAUUCGGUAUUCUUCACACGAUGUAGCUCAUACAAGCUCUAGGCGUUCCAGUCACACCUGAGAUACCGAAAUCGCAAACAGAAUACGUAAUCCGAGGGAAAUUUACUUUCUUCCACUAAAAUAGACACAGGUAUUGAACAGUGCUGAAGAAUUGUCAAAAUCUCUUAUAGUUGCAAGGUAUUCAGAGUAAUAUAUGCAUUGUAAAAAUUGGACUUCCCAGUUAUAUUAAGUACAGUAUACAAGAUGAAAGUUUUGGUCAUAUUUUGUUAUUUAGAUGUAUGCCUCAACUGUUUUAACUAAAGUGACAAAAUUUUCAUAUUAGAAACAAAUGGUAAAAUAGUUGAAUAUUAUGUUUUUAGUAUUUUGACAAAGGUAUACUACCUCCUUAAAGCAGGUAAAUUUGGGGAAUUAUAACUUAGUUUAGUUAAGGUUUCUUGAUAUAUUUACUACAUAUCGUUAUUUGCCCUGUCAUGUUGACGUUUUAUGUAAUUGAUCUGUGUUGGAUUAUUUGUACAAUUGAAAUGAAUUGCCAACAAACAAAAAUAAAGUUAAUUGGAAAUUAA